AUGCACGAGAUAGUGGCAUUGCAAAUAGGACAGUGUGGAAAUCAAAUAGGAAAUGAGUUUUGGAAGAAGCUAUGCUCAGAACAUAAAAUCUCACUGGAUGGAACACUGCUUGACAACCAAAAUGACCGAAAAGAUGUAUUUUUCUACCAGGCCGAUGAUUCCAGGUAUAUUCCAAGAUCCAUCCUUCUUGAUCUAGAGCCAAGAGUAAUAGGACAGUGUGCGCCAAUAUUCAACAGGGAAAAUAUGUUUGUUUCCAAUGAAGGUGGCGGGGCUGGUAACAACUGGGCACACGGAUACUUCGUGGCCAAUAGAUUCAAGGAGGACGUCAUGGACAUAGUCCAAAGAGAGGCCGAGGCUUGCGAAUCGCUAGAGGCAUUCAACAUCAUGCACAGUGUUGCAGGCGGCACGGGAUCGGGCUUUGGAUCCUUGAUGCUUGAAAGCAUUGGAGACUACUUUCCCAAAAAGAUUUUAACGACGUUCUCAAUUCUUCCAGCAAAUGAAGAUGGAAGCGAUGUUGUAGUUCAGCCUUAUAAUACCAUAUUGACGCUUAAUUACUUAAGCAAAUACGCAGAUAACGUCAUUGUGAUGGAUAACCAUGCCUUAGGGCAGGUAACAUUUGACUCCAUCCGUACAAAGAAUGUAAGCUUUAAUAUUUUGAAUGCACUUGUAUCUACAGUUAUGUCUUCGUAUACAUCUACGAUUCGAUAUCCAACCCAUAUGUAUUGUGAUUAUAGAUCUAUUCUGAGCUGUACUGUGCCUGUUCCGGAAUUUAAAUUCAUUGUUCCUAGCUAUACACCAUUUACCUGCGAUGAGCUUCAUCAGGUUGUUCGAGCUACAACUGUUAGCGAUGUGAUGAGAAGAUUGAUACUACCCAAGACCAAGCUCUGCACAUUUGAGACAUAUAAGACUAAUGCUAGUCUAUCGCUUUUCAAUAUUCUUGAAGGAGUAAGUGAUGCAUCAGAGGUCAGCCGGUACGUUGAAUCGGUCUUUAGCCGAAGGGCAGUUAAUUUUGUGGAAGGCAUUCCGCCAUUCUUUCUUACUGCGAUUUCCAGAAAAAAGCCCGAGUUCAAUAGAGUAAGUGGGCUAUGCCUACACAACACAACAGGUAUUGCCACACUUCUUAAGAAAAUAACAGCACAGUUUGACCAACUCAAGAAAAGAAAUGCGUUCAUUGAGAUGUACAAGAAAUUUGACACAGAUCUUUCACUGUUUGAUGCAAGCAGGGAAACAGUCCAAAGCAUAAUCGAUAGCUAUGGAAAAAUGUGA